UUUUGUCGGGAGCCGUCGCCAUGUUUAGAAGUGUCUGCGUCCUUGAGCGAGUCGAGCGAAAAUGUUCUGUAAAAUAUUAGAUAUAGCUCAUGUAGCGUAUAUUACGUGAAGUACCUAAUUACAAUUUAACGCUCGCCGAUCACGGGUGUGACAAUUAUUUUCGUGGAUGGCUCACCUACGUUGCAGAAUUUUGUGAUUACAUUAUGUGUCACAUGUAAUGAGUGAUAAGCAAAGUGCACCUAUUUUGCCGCCCCUUCCUGGGGGUGGAGGAACUAAUGGGGGAAACAAUGGCGGUGCAACUCAACAAACUGUCAGUCUCCAGCAGGUUCUGGCUACAGCCCAAGGACUCAAUGUACUCACCACAGGUGGUGGGCAGCAGUUUGUUAUUACUUCACAAGUUCCCGGCCUUACACAGGUUGUUACAAGUAGUGCCACAACCAGUACAAAUGUUCAGCAAGUUGGUGUUACAAGGAUUGUUAAUAUUAGUAACACACCACCGCGUGUUAGCACUGUGGGAGUCCCAGGUGCAAGUGGUUCACCUCUUACAUCACCUUCUCGUCAAACUCCAACUAAAGUUGUAUUGGCAACUUCCCCUAAACUCGUACGGACUUCUAUGGGAAACAUGUUUAUUGCGCCUACUUCUCAAGUUUCAAUGCAAUCACCACCAGCAAGGAAAAGAUUAAAACUUACAGAAAAUACAGAAAAAGUAACUGCCACUGCUGCAGAUGAUGCUAUGGGUUAUAGAAGACGUAUUAUGGAACAUAAAAUGAAAAGAAUGAGAGCGAUAAGAGAAAAAUAUGCUGAGAAUGCUUCAGAGUUAUUCUUUCUUCAUGCUGGUGGCAAUAUGAUGGAUUUUCAAGCUUGGAGAAAACGGCCACCUACACCACAGUAUUUACAUUUUUUAAGGCAACAUAGAUUAGAUACGGAAGACAAUAAUGAAGAUUUAUCAGUUCCAUUGCCAUCAAUACCAGAAAUUUCAUUACCUCCGGUUACAUCUGCCUCAACUACAGUUCCUACGAACCAGAGUGCAGAAGUGAAGAUUUCUGGAGUUGGCGUGACUCCAGUUGCAGUAUCUACAACUUUACCUGCUGCUGUAGCUCAACUUAGUCAACAAGGCGGAACUCCAAUAGUUCCAGAAAUACCAAAACACACAACUCCCGCAAGUCCAGUUACCGAGAAAACGUCUAUCACUCAAGUUGUAACAAAAGCUCCUAGUCCUUCUAGAAGUACUUCACAACCUGUUGUUAAGCUUGUGAAAUUACCUACUACUUCUGUAGUUUCAAAUGAUAUUACAAAUAAUCAAGAACAAAUUGUAGAGAAGGCAAAACAAGAAGCAUACGUAAUGCAAAGGAUUGCAGAGUUACAACGUGAAGGAUUAUGGUCCGAAAGAAGAUUGCCAAAGGUACAGGAGCCUGCAAGAACAAAGGCUCAUUGGGAUUACUUAUUGGAAGAAAUGGUUUGGCUAGCUGCCGAUUUUGCGCAAGAACGAAAAUGGAAGAAAGCCGCCGCGAAAAAAUGUGCGCGUAUGGUUCAAAAACAUUUUCAAGAAAAAGCUAUACAAGCUCAAAAGGCUGAAAAAUCUCAAGAACUUAGGCUCAAGAAAAUUGCUAGUUUUGUUGCAAAAGAAAUUAAAACUUUUUGGGCAAAUGUAGAGAAGCUGGUGGAGUACAAGCAACAAACAAGAUUAGAAGAAAAAAGAAAAAAAGCAUUAGACCAGCAUUUAAAUUUCAUUGUAGGACAAACAGAAAAAUAUUCAACGUGGUUAACUGAAGGUCUUAAUAAGACAGAUGGCUCACAAAGUAUCCCAGCUUCGAUAAAUAGUUCACGUAUUUCCUCGCCAGUACCAAUUGGAAAAUCUCACUCUGAUGAAGACUUUCAGCCAAAUCAAAGUUCGGAUGAUGAUGAAGAGACCAUAGCUAAAGCUGAAGAAGAGAUGAAAUCGACGGUAGAUCAAAAAGAGGAAGUGGAAUUAUUGAAAAAAGAAUCGGAAAUGCCUUUAGAAGAUCUUUUGAAAGAUCUACCGCCAAAUUAUUUGGAAGAAAGAAAUAAAAGUUUAUCGCCUAGUGAAAAAGAAGUUGAGGAAGCUGAAAUUGAAAAAACUUCUGACGGAGAUACUGAUUUUGUUGCUGCAUCUGAUGAGUCUUCUGACGAAGAAGAUACCAUAAUGGAACAGGAAAAAUUGGAGGAAAAUACAGAUCACAAACAGGAGUUGGAUGACCUUAAGGCAGAGAAUGAAAUGUCCAUUGACGAACUUAUGGCUAAAUAUGGUAAUAUGUCGAACGUACCAAUGGAUGUGGAUGAAGAUGAUGUUCAAGAUUCUGAUAAAGAAGAAGAUCAAGAAAAAGUACAGGAAAAUGAAGAGCAAGCGAGUAGUAGUGAGAGCGAAAGUGAUGAAAGUGAUGAAGCUGGAGAAGAUUCGCAAAUUCAUAGUGAUACAGAAACAGAUGUAGGCCUAAAAUCUUUGCUUGAAGAUCCAUCUACUGAAAAAUCGUGUGAUAAUAAGAUGUCAGAAGCAGAUCAUGUAGAUGCCCACAAUGAAAUGGAUAAUGUUGCAGCUUUAGCAGAAAGCAUACAACCCAAGGGAAAUACUUUGCUUACUACUUGUGUUGUUACAAAAAUCCCUUUUCUUCUAAAACAUUCACUUCGGGAAUAUCAACACAUCGGAUUGGAUUGGCUUGUAACUAUGUACGACAGGAAGUUGAAUGGUAUUUUAGCCGACGAAAUGGGUUUGGGAAAAACUAUACAAACUAUUGCAUUAUUGGCACAUUUGGCUUGUGAAAAGGGUAACUGGGGCCCCCAUCUUAUAAUAGUACCAACAUCUGUAAUGCUUAAUUGGGAAAUGGAAUGUAAAAAAUGGUGUCCAGGAUUUAAGAUAUUAACGUACUAUGGUACACAAAAGGAGAGAAAACAGAAAAGAACGGGGUGGACGAAACCGAACGCUUUUCACAUAUGUAUUACAUCUUAUAAACUUGUCAUACAAGAUCAUCAAAGUUUUAGAAGAAAAAAAUGGAAGUACCUUAUUUUAGAUGAAGCUCAAAAUAUAAAGAAUUUCAAGUCACAAAGAUGGCAAUUAUUAUUAAAUUUUCAAACGCAACGGCGAUUAUUACUAACGGGAACGCCUCUUCAAAAUAAUUUAAUGGAGUUAUGGUCCUUGAUGCAUUUUUUAAUGCCAAAUGUGUUUCAAUCUCAUAGAGAAUUUAAGGAAUGGUUCAGUAAUCCAGUUACGGGAAUGAUUGAAGGAAAUAGCGAGUACAACGAGAAUAUUAUUCGUCGUCUGCACAAGGUACUGAGACCGUUUCUUUUAAGAAGAUUAAAAACUGAAGUAGAAAAACAAUUGCCAAAGAAGUACGAGCAUGUUGUCAUGUGUCGAUUGUCAAAGAGGCAGAGAUACUUGUACGACGAUUUCAUGUCUAGGGCCAAGACGAAGGAAACUUUGGCUAGUGGAAAUCUGUUAAGUGUUAUCAACGUAUUGAUGCAAUUGCGCAAAGUUUGCAAUCAUCCAAACUUGUUCGAAGUCCGACCUACAGUCUCGCCGUUUCAAAUGGAAGCAAUAGAAUUUAUUACAGCUUCGUUAGUAUGGAAUGCCCUUGAUUAUGAUCCAUUUAAACAUGUUGAUCUGUCCACAUUAAAUCUUUUAUUGCUCGACCUGGAAUUUACAUUGGCAGCAUUUGGAGCACAUCGAAUAAAACGCUUACAAACUCCUACAAAACUGAUAGAAGAAAUAGAUAGUCAAUCGGAUCCACCUCCUAGAUGUCCUUCUGGAAAAAUUAAAAUCAAUGUCAGAUUGUCGAAUCAAGUUAAACAGUCAUCAACUGCACAAGCAGCCCAAACUAAAGUUAAAAAUUUAGCUGGUAUACUUCCAACACCAAGAGUAGGCACGUCACCAUUGAUAAAAUCUUUGAAUAAUCAAAGUACUCCAAGUCAAGGAGUAACAUUGCGAGUCGCAGGUGGUCAACAACUGCAAGGAUAUUCUGUUCAGUUGGUUCAACAUCAAGGCAGUGUAAAAGCUAUCCCUGUUGGAACAUUGGCACAUAAUUCACAAAGUACAACGAUUACAUCAACAACAGCAUCUAUGAAUGCACAAAGGAUUACAGUUGGGAAUGCAAAUAUUCGUGAUGGACUGCAAAGGUUGGCUACACAGACAGUUACAGUCAAACAAGGUGAUUCCGUCCAGAGAAUACCAGUACCCGGUUUUGCACAGCUGGUUCAAACCUCUACUGGUAGACAUAUCAUUUUGACUUCAAAUCAACAAAAUACUAACACAGUUUCAUUCCCCGUAAUGACGCCGAGUGGACAACGAUUAACAGUUCUAUCUAAAUCUCUAAUGGGCCUAUCUACUUCUGCGACCACAGUAAAUAAAGUCGUUGGAGGAGUCGUUACAACUACGAGCGGUACUAGUGGGAGACCAGUAAUGAGAGUACCACCUCUGAAUGUUGCUGCAUCUCAAGGACAGUCGACUGCUGGUAACGGACAAACUACCCAUCAACAAACAUUGCGCUGUGGUAUUAUCACGAGGCACGCGCAAAAAGAAUCUGAAAAGGCACAAGCAAAAGAACAGCCUAAAUCAGAAUUUCAUUUGCCACAAUUGGAAGAAGAACGAAAGCAAAGAAGACAAGCGAAACUUCGUUUAUUGGCAAACAUUAAUGAAAGGCGAUGCGCAGCCUGUCCUUUAUACGGUGAAGAUUUAUUUACCGCGUUGAGAAUUGGGAAACCAUCCACAGCCUGUCGUUGGCACAACGGUCUUGUACAUUGUGAAACAGCAAAGAUACCUAUUCGUACACGGAAGCAAUUUUUCUCCUGUACAGAAGCAUUAGCAGAAGCAAUUCGAAGUACAGAACAAAUUGUUGAAGAACUAAUAGAAAUUUUUGAAAGGUUCGUUGUUUACGUUCCUGCUGUACGUGCACCAGUACCGCGCUUCCACGUUUCUCAUCCACCACCGCAUAAGCUUUGGAGUCAGCGCCGUAUGCAGAUAGAGUUACAACACGAUUUGUCACCAAAAAUGCAAUUAUUUCAUCCGGUGACCAGUUCGAUGAUGACCCAAUUCCCUGAGCCUAGAUUAAUACAAUAUGACUGUGGAAAAUUACAAUCGUUGGAUCUUCUCCUUAGAAAAUUGAAGUCUGAAAAUCACAGAGUCCUCAUUUUCACUCAAAUGACUAGGAUGUUAGAUGUAUUGGAAGCUUUUCUCAAUUUCCACGGUCAUAUAUACUUGCGUUUAGACGGCACUACUAGAGUAGAUCAACGGCAGGUUCUAAUGGAAAGGUUUAACGGCGACAAACGAAUAUUUUGUUUUAUAUUAUCAACAAGAUCCGGUGGUGUAGGUGUAAAUUUAACAGGAGCAGAUACGGUUAUAUUUUAUGAUAGUGACUGGAAUCCGACGAUGGAUGCUCAAGCACAAGAUAGAUGCCAUAGAAUAGGUCAAACGCGCGACGUACAUAUCUACAGAUUGGUAAGUGAAAAAACUGUAGAGGAAAAUAUUUUGAAAAAAGCGAAUCAAAAAAGAUUACUUGGGGAUCUUGCUAUCGAAGGCGGAAACUUUACAACAGCUUACUUUAAGAGUUCUACUAUUCAAGAUCUCUUUAACAUCGAUCACUCUGAAAAUGAUGCGUCUACCAGAAUGGCAGAAGUACUCGAACAGAAAGAUCGAGAAAAAUCUAUGAAUAAGGAUUCCUCGAUUGCACAAGUACCCAGCUUAUCUCAGCAUGUUGAAGAUAAAAUGGCAAUGGGCGCUCUUGAAAGUGCUCUUGCCGCUGCUGAGGAAGAUCUUGACGUUCAAGCAGCUAAAACAGCAAAGGCUGAGGCAGUUGCAGAUUUAGCAGAGUUUGAUGAGAAUAUACCUUUUGACGAUGCUGAUAAAGAAGAUACGCAAUUCAGCAAAGCAGAACAAGAAGUACAGAAUUUAGUGUCUCAGUUAACACCAAUUGAACGAUACGCGAUGAAGUUCGUGGAAGAAUCCGAAGGAGCGUUUUCAGCCGCACAAUUGGCAGCUGCCGAACGCGAACUCGAAGAACAAAAGAAAGAAUGGGAAAUGGAUCGUUUGCGUGCGCUUCGUGAAGAAGAGGAAAGACGGAUGCGACUGGCUGAUGACGACGAGAAACCCCUGACCUUUGGACGUGAGGACGCGCAGAAUCAGGUUAAUAGUGCUAAUAAUUCAAAGAAAUUAGUUAAUAAGAAAGUUCCGCAAGGUAGGAGGAGGAGGAGAGGUUCGCGUAAACGAAAUAGUAGAAGUACUCGAGAAUCUUCUGAGAGCGAAACAGAAACUACGACAGAAUCUGAUUCGGAUUCUCAGGAGGAAGAUGUUGUAGAGGAUAGUCUCGAUGAGGAAUCCAGUCAUACGGAAAGUCAAAGUCAAGGUGACGAAGAGGACGAAGAGGAGGAGACUGAUAAUCGAAACGAUUCAGAACGAGGAUCUUAUCCUAAACGUAAUAAUCGUUCGAAUAAACCAUGCGAUCAGAAUCAUUUUGAUUUAAACAGUCCGCGAACUAGAUCUAGGGGGAACGUAAAGAUUAAUUUAUGGACUCUCGACGUAAGUCCGAUUCUUCCUGGGAUUAAACCAAAAUGUCGAGGUAGACCUAGAAAAAGAAAUAAGCUUGAUCUUAAAAAGAAUGUGACCACCUCUGCUUCCUCUUUGUCACAGAUUAAAAGUGAUUUGAAUACGAUUAAAAAAUCAAAUGAUUCUGAUGAAGAUCAGGAUAGAGUGAAAGCUACUAAGUCUAUCGAGGAGAGUUAUAAAAAGACUACGUUGAAUUGUCAAGAUAAUUCUUCGAAUUUAUCAUGCCAAUUGCAGCAGGAUGAAAAUUCAUUGAAAUUUCAAGAUAAAGAGUUGUUGUCGGAAACUGAAAUAUGCAUUCGAUCGGAACAUUCAAAAUCGGCGUCUAUUUCAAAUAACGAAGAAGCAACUUUGCAGAUGUAUGAAUGUAGUGUGGUUGUCGAGAAAUGUUUUAAUUCAAAAAUGAUGAAGGUACUCGCAAAUAAUGAAACUAUCGACGAAGAAAUUUCUUCUACUGGGUCCUCGUCAUUAAUAAUGAAGAAACAUUCUGACAAUAUAACUGAAGUUAAGUUAGAAUCGUGUGAUAAUUCGAUUAGUAUGGAUGAUAAAAAAAAUUCGGAAGCUUCCAAAAUGGAUUCUACGUCGGAGGAAAAGAAUUCUUCUUCAUUGAUUGAAAUUGAUAAGUCGUCCGAUUAUAUCAUGUUACAUAGGCAAGAUAAAUUAGAGAUUAAGGAUCCCACUAACGAAUCUGCUACUCAGUCUAUUGAAAAUAUAGAAGAAAACGUGAUUUUAAAUAAUAUAAAACGAACCGUAGAAUCCAAUGAGCCAGUAAUUUCUAAAGCUAUAGCGGAAGAAAUGAUUGAUAAAUCAAAUUGUUCUAUAUUAUCGGAAUCCAAUUCUUCAUCGUUAUAUUCGAGCAAUGAUGAUAAAUCGACGUGUCCAACGCCUAACUCUGUUACAAAAUCUACAUUAUUUCCAUAUUCAUUUUCUUCGUACGAUGAGAACGUACAAAAUGAAAAUAGAACUGAUCCUGUGACCGUAGAUAAUGAAGGUAAAAACGAUUCUCAUAUCUAUUCGAAGGAAUCUAAUUCGUCUUUACCGGAUGAGCAUAGAAGUGUCGAUUCGGAUGCAACGUUUCAAAGUAUCGAUAAUUCAAUGGAAACCGAAGAUUUGGUGAAUGAAUCUGUUACAGAGAAUUCUGUGAUAUCAAUUGAUUCUAGUCAAAAAUUUAAUGUCGAGAUCGUGAAGAAUCAGGAAACUGAAGAUGACGAUCACCUAGAAUUGUCUUCUACUGUUAGUACGUUAGACGAUUCCCUUCCGACGAAUGAAACAAACGAAGUAACCAAUGAAUUGUCCAAUAAAGAAACAAACUUCGAAAAAUCGGAUAUUAUACCUAAGAAAAUAAAUUUAGAAUCGUACAAAGAGUGUUCAAAUACCGAAUUUAAAUCUAAACCAUGGAAAUCAGGAGAUAUAUCUAAUAAUACUCCAGGAGUAACCACGCGCAGUGCAAAAGCCGUAAUGUUAUUAGAAAAUUCUAUCAACAGUCUUGACUCGGAAGUAACAUCCAAUACAUCGAGUAUAAAACUCGAGGAAAUUUCAUCGUAUGAUAAAAAGAAUACGAAACAAGAAAUUAGUCGUACUGUCUCUGUUUCUAACUCUCAAACUCCAAUUGCAAAAAUAACUCUGUCUCGAAUCUCUGAUAGUUAUUGUUCGCAGUCUAUUUCGGAUUGCAGUAGAAUCACGAGAUCUUCUGCCAAUCAAUUAAUGUCUUUGUCGGCGAUAGAAAAUUCGAAUUUGCAAAAGUCUCAUCAUAGACGUCGACCGGGGACACCAUCGUCAGAUUUAAAAUCAAUUAGGCCAAUCACUAGAUCUACCGCGAUUAAUUCACCGACUAGAAACGAGGAGCAAACUGGUAAUAAAGCUUAUGAGAAACCAACAACGCGUAGCUCGAAAUCGUCCCUGGACAAUAAUGGCUUUUUGAAUCCUGUAGUGUUUCGAAGAAGUAGAUCCAUACCACCUAUGAAAUCAACCGCAGAGAGCAACGAAUUAUCGUCUACUGCACAAAUUAAAACCGUUCAAAAGAAAGUAGUUGGUAGUAGUGAAAGUGCGAGUGGUAAUCAUAAGCAUCGACCGGGUACACCUGUGCCUACUAUCGAAAAAGUAUCCAGGGUGACUCGUUCUGGACAGGUCGGCAUAUUAAACUGCUUAAAAACACCUUCCACCUCAGCACCCGUAUUAAGAGGUAGCAGACACAUUCGAAAAACGGAAACAUCGUUGUCGAUGAAAGGAGUAGCCUCGGAGGAGCAGAAAACGUGCGAGCACAAUUUAAGCACAGAUACGAAUGGUAAUGCGCUCGCCGAAGAAACAUUUUCACAGCAGAACGAGCAAAUCAAGUUGACUUUCUCCUCCGAAAAACCUCAACGAACCGCCAAAGUCGUAGCCAUUCUUACUCUCGAUACGAGAAACAAUCAUAUUUCGAAAACAAUUAAUAGCAAGAAUACGAAUUCUACGACGAGCGAAUCGAAAUUGUCGAAGAAACAUUCCGACAAUAUUUCUGAUUUGUCGAACAAGCAUUGCGUGACACGAUUAUCGGAUGUCUCUGUGAAUUUGAAAAACGACAUAAAACAUGUUAGCGGAUCGACGUCUCUUUCGCAAAAGGACGGGACGUCUAACGUGGGCAGUACUUAUUUUAAUUCUAACAAAACUGUAAACGCAAAUGCAUUAAAGAAUAAUGCGGAAAAAGUUUCUUUGAAAUCGGCUGUGAUCGCUUUAGUCGAUAUAGACAACAAUGAGUCCGAUUACGAUACGUCGACGGAAUUCUCGAGAAGGACAAGGAAAAAAAUGAAACGUACGCGUUUGACCUCCCUGACUAAGACCACCCCUGCAGAAGGUAAAAUUGGAGAGACUUUUGACAACGAGGAGAUACAAAUUCAGCCAUCGAAGAAAUCCAUUCGAUUGCAGUCUCCUAAUCCUCCCCCUCUUACCUCUAAACAAGAGAUGACAAUGGAUAAGUUCAGCGGUAGUACUAUAUCGUCUUGAGUCUCGCUGGAAUUUUAUUAUUGCUGUAACAUUUAGCAGUGCAUUUUUUGUAUAUAUGUUAGUCCACAUAAAAUCUGCCGUACGCAAAUUAAAAAUGCCUUUCGAAUGGCACAGAAAAAAUAUCGGUGGCGUUACAAGUACGAGAAAGGUCAAGCUCUGUUCUUCUCUUCUUCUUCUUCUUCUUCUUCUCCUACUACACUACUACUACUCUACUACACCUUCUUCGGUCUUUCUUUGUUUCGAAUAUAGUUCUUGUAUAUAUAUAUAUGUAUAUUGAAAGUAUAUAAGAUGUUCUUUUUUUUUUUUUCUUUCUUCUUUUAUAUCUACAUACUUGAGGGCACACAUGUAAUAUUUUCUAGUAUUGUAAAUUGUGCCCUGCAUUGUAAAGAUUCAAAAAAACGUUCGUACGGUGGCAUUGUAAUUUAUACAUUGAUAAUGUUUAAGUGGAAUAUUCAGGAAACAAAAACACACACGAAAACAUACACACACAUAACACAAUUGUAUUAUAUUAGUUAUAUAUAUAUAUAUUAGACACAGUAAAAGCUGGUUGUGUCGUGUAGCUUUUAGAUUGAACGGCGUUCGGGACACACAAAAGCCCAUGAAAAAGAAAAGAAAAGAAAAAAAAAAAAAAAAAAAAUCCAAGGUGUGUCGAAUCUAAACGCAAUGAGAAAGAGUUUAGAGGUCAUGAUUAUUAAGGAAAACGCGCCGUACUUCUGCUCUCGUAAAAAAGAAAUAUACCUUGCGCCACACAUAAAUCGGCAAGGUGUGAUGACCUGAUUAUAUCUUAGCUGUAAGACUAUUCGUUCAUCAAUAUGCCCUUUUCUCCUCCAGUGUAAUACUUAAGUUGCGUGCCUGUUUUUUGUAUGAUCGAGUGAGUCCGAGAAAGGAAAAUAAACAAAGUAUUCCUUACUACGAAAUAAAAAGCUAACAAAA